GUAACUGCAGCCAAACGGUAUCCAGUCUGAUGAGAGCAGAGGCAGAGGCUGGACUGGUGUGCAAGGGCUCUGCUACACAGCUUGGGGGUGAGAGGGUAUCGCAGGGAGCCUGGCACAGCACAAGGAUUACUCUCCCACUGCCACAUCCUCACCAGGGCACUGACUGCAGAUCAAGGUUGAACUCUACAAAAAUCUGAUUAACGGGGAACGGAAGGGAAGGGACAGUAAUCAUGAAUGACGUGGCCCAAAAGACGGAGAUUCUCCUUUCUACGUGUAAACCUGUCCAAAAAUGCUAUGUCCCCAAGCUGGGCAAGGGAGAUGUGAUGAAUAAGUUUGAGGCCAUGCAGAAGGCCAGAGAGGAGCGCAGCCAGCGGAGGAGCACGGACGAGCAGCAGAGGAGGAAAGAGCAAUACAACAGGGAGAGGAUCUGGAACAAAAGGAAGCAAGAGAUGAAAGAAUUGCUGGCUUCUGACGAUGAAGAGGAUGAUAAAUCCAAACAAUCAGACAAAGGAUAUGUCCCAAAGCUCACUGGAACGGUCAAGGGAAAAUUUGCAGAGAUGGAAAAGCAAAGACAGGAUGAGGAGAGAAAAAGAAUGGAAGAGGAGCGGAAGCGAAGGCUUGAGCAGGACUUAAAGGAGAAACGGAAAAUCCAGCGGGAACUGGCUAAGAAAGCUGAAGCGAUUGAGGACAUUAACUCUGGUGGAAGUGACUUGGACAUGGAGGAAGGAACGGAUGAUAUAGAAGUGGUGGUCACACCGGUAAAGUCAAUCAGGUCUCCAGGAAAAAUAAAUGUAAACUUUGAAGAUUUGGAGAAAGAAAGGGAAGAACAAGAAAGGAAAACACUUGAAGAAGAGAAAAAGAGAAGAUAUGACGAGCACAGGAAGUCAUUCCGAGAGUCAAAGCGUCGUUCUACGGCUAUGGACGAGACAGAGACUCAAGACAAGAAGAGCAAAGAUCAAGUAACCCCCGGGAAACUGAAACUAACCUUUGAGGAGAUAGAGAAACAAAGACAGGAGUUGCAGAAGAAGCAGGCGGAAGAGGAAGCUCGCAACCGGCUAGAAGAAGAGAAGCGCGCCUUUGAGGAAGCGAGGCAACACGUGGUAAAUGAGGAUGAAGACGACGAGAGAUGGAAUACGUACAAAGAAGAAUUCCGCCCGGGCAAACUGAAGUUGGGCUUUGAGGAGUUAGAGAGGCAGAGGAAAGAGGAGGAGAGGAUGAGGGCAGAGGAGGAAGCCAGAAGAAGGAUAGACGAAGAACAGAAACAGUUUGCAGAAGCGAGGAAGAGCAUGGCUUCCAAUGAGGAGGAUGAGGACGACGCACACGCACUGGACGCAGCAAAGGAAAAUAAUCAACCUGGGAAACUGAAAUUAAGUUUUGAAGAACUGGAAAAGCAAAGGCGAGAAUCGGAACACAGGAGGGCCGAGGAGGAGGCCCGGAAGAGGCUGGAGGAGGAGAGGAAGCAGUUUGCAGAGGCUAGGAAAAACAUGAAUCCAGAUCAAGAUAAUAUUCUUCAGGAUAUGGACUGUUCUCAGCUGGACUGUAGUGACGCAUGCAAAGAACCAGAUGAAGAAGGCCUGCCACUUAGCAAACCCACUUCUCAAGAGUCUCUAGCCCCAGGCAAAUUGGAAAUGAAUUUUGAGGAGCUUCUCAAGCAGAAAAUGGACGAAGAGAAAAGAUUAAAAGAGGAAGAAAGGAAGCAGAAGCUGGAACUUGAAAAGCAGGAGUUUGCACAAUUACGACAGGAAAUGGGCGAGGAGGAAAUAAAUGAAAGCUAUGAGGUUUUAAGCAGAGAGUAUGAAGAACUUAUCAAACUGAAAAGGACUGGCUCAAUUCAAGCCAAAAACUUGAAAAGUAAAUUUGAGAAGAUUGGAAAACUGUCUGAAGAAGAAAUACAGAAGAAGGUUGAUGAGGAGAGGUUACGGAGAAAGGCCACGGACGAGGAACUGAAGGAGAGGGAAGCUGAACAUUUUCACGAGGAUGAGGAGGUUGACGUGAGACCAGCAAUGAAGAGCCAUGCGCCAUUCUCACAUAAGGUCAACAUGAAGGCUCGAUUUGAACAGAUGGCAAAAGCCCGGGAAGAGGAGGAACUGAGAAGAAUCGAGGAACAAAAACUCCAGAGAAUGCAGUUUGAACAAAAGGAAAUAGAUGCCGCAUUGCAAAAGAAGAGAGAAGAGGAGGAGGAAGACUCCGCCAGUGUCAAUAGCUCACAAUAUGAAGAGGAGGAACUCGCUCGUUCUGGAGCACCUUGGUUUAAGAAACCUUUAAAGAACAUGUCUGUAGUAGAUGGGGAACCAGUACGGUUUACAGUGAAAGUCUCCGGCGAGCCUAAACCUGAGGUCACGUGGUGGUUUGAAGGGGAGAUGCUGCAGGACUGUGAAGACUAUCAGUAUAUCGAAAGAGGCGAAACAUACUGUCUAUACUUACCCGAAACCUUCCCAGAGGAUGAGGGAGAAUAUAUGUGCAAAGUAGUGAACAGCAGGGGGACCGCAGCCAGCAGCUGUAUUCUCAGCAUUGAAAGUAAGAGUUAGUGCUGUAGGAAUUCAUUGCAUGAGGCCUAACAUAUUCUCACUCUGCUCUCUUCUUGCUCUAGCUGACGACUAUUAACAUCCUGCUUUUACUGGGGACUUCCUUCUGCCUGUCUCUGCACCUGACCUUCCUCUUGUGGGCCAGGAGACACGAGAAGCUCCACUGCAUUAAUCUGCCAUUCCUGUAGUACUGGCCUUGUUACAUUGCAUGCAUUGCUGCAGGUGACAAUAGAUGCUGAACGGUGAUGCAAGAGCUGUACAGGAAAUCAUGCAGUGGAAAGAACAGCGGGAUUGUGUAGUAAUAAUUUGCCUUUGUACAUCCGUCACCAACUUGUCUUUUCUAUUAUAAAUAAAUAUUCUGGUUAGGAAUUUGUGGUGAAUUUCCAUUCUAGUUUGACUAAGUUAUAAUGCGAUACCUCGAUUUCCUAAUAAACAAAUUGUUUAUCCUU